GUUAAUGAAAUGUAAACUGUGAAUAACUUAUUGUACAAAAUCUUUAAAUAACAUGAUGAAUUAUGAUACAAUACUCGAAUGAUCAGCCACACUGAGUCACACUCUCUUCACACUCACCAACACUUGUUGUUAACAUUAUCACAUGUUAUCAAAUUAGUUUAUUGGUCUCACCUUCAAGAAUGAUCAAGGAAGAUCAAUAAUGAUCAAGGUAAAUAUUUAUAUUGAUUUUAACAGUCAUAUUGAAUAUUAGUUCCGCAUUUUCGGUUGCCAGUGACGGCGCCACUGACGGUAAUACCAGGAGUUUGAUUAGAAAUCCCUGCUGGUCAGAUCAAAAACACUAAAAAACAAUCCUAACCUCAAAAUCCUUAAAAUACGUGGACAGAACAUAGGAGCUUGCACGUAAAUUGACGUGAAUAAUAUUGACGUUGUGAAAAUUUUAUUUAAGAAAACAGCGAUAAAAGAAUCUUUAGCAUAAUACGAUAAAAUCAUUUUCAAUCAUUUCAUAUAAUGGAAGUAGAACAGAACGCAAGUACCAGUAAUACUACAAGACACGAAGGGCCUGAAACAAUUGAGCAAAAAAUAAUUGCUCUUGCACGAGAAAAACCUAAAGGUAUUUCGGACAAAGAUUUAGCUGCUUCGAUACCUGAUUUGCAACCAGCUCAACGAGCUAAGAUUAUAAAUAAACUUCUAUCUCAAGGAUACUUUGAUCUUUUUAAGCAAGCAAAUUCAUUGUAUUAUCGCUUGAAAGAUCCAACAAAACUUGCUAAGUGCACUGACAAUGAAGAAAAAAUAGUAUAUAAAAUUAUUGAAGAAGCAGGGAACCAGGGAAUAUGGAUUCGAGAUAUAAAAACGAAAUCUAAUUUGAUGAAUAAACCAUUAGAAAAAAUUUUGAAAAGUCUAGAAACUAGCAAGUAUGUCAAAGUUGUUAAACCUGUAGAAGCCAGUAAGAAAAAAGUGUAUAUGCUGUACAACUUAGAACCAGCUGAGUCUGUAACAGGUGGUGCCUGGUAUCAAGAUCAAGAUUUUGAAACAGAAUUUGUUGAUGUAUUGAAUCAACAAUGCUAUCGAUUUUUGGAGCAAAAAAGAGAAAAGACAAAAAAUUGUAACACUGGCCCCAUUGCUGCAAGAAAUAUGACAUAUGCUUCAUCUAAGGAUGUGUUGAAAUAUAUUUCGGAUUUAGGAGUAAGCAAGGUGAAAUUAACUGUAACUGAUAUAGAAGUGAUUUUAAAUACGUUAAUUUGUGAUGGUAAAAUUGAACAGACGCUCACAAAUGAUGGAAAUCAUUUAUACAGAGCGAUUCAACCUUUGUUAAAUCCAAUGGGAUUGGUUAAAACCCCUUGUGGUUUGUGCCCAGUAAGAAAACAAUGCCAUAAUGAAGGACCUGUUACACCUAUCAAAUGUCACUAUAUUAAAGAUUGGUUAGAAUAGAGAGUUAUAUUUUCAAAAUAUUUAGAGAUAUUAAUGUAAUGUAUUAGGGGUUUGCAUUAAAAGCUACUGUUCACGUUUAGAUGGCAGUAACUACGUAUGCUAUGGUCAGAGACAUCUGCUACUUAUAUCAUUUUUAAAUGUGAACAUUUCCUACUAAAAUUCAGUCAACAGACGUCAUCCUUGUUUACAUAUGUGCUUUUCUAUAACUGAAUUAAAAUGGAACGUAAUAAGUUGUUUUUCCGAUGUGUACUUUUACACUAUUUUGAUUUGAAAAAAAGUGCAGCUGAAACUCAUCGAUUGCUUGCGGAAAUUUAUGGUGAAUCUGCUCCAUCGGAAACAGUAUGUAGAGACUGGUUUCGACGAUUCAAAAGUGGUGAUUGUGAUGUUCACGACAAACAACGAACAGGUUAACCGAAAAAAUUCGAAGAUGAACAACUGCAAGCUCUAUUGGAAGAAAAUCCAGCUCAAACACUCAAAGAAUUGUCUCAACAACUGAAAGUCGAUAAAUUAACUAUUUUUCGACGUUUACAAGCUAUGGGAAAGAUUCAGAAAGAAGGAAAAUGGCAGCCACAUGAAUUGACCGAAAAUGCCAUUGCCAACCGUUUAAACAUCUCAAUUUCUUUGCUUGCAAAGCAUAACAAGAAGAGUUUCUUGUGGCGUAUCGUGACCGGCGA